AUGUCUCGAGUCUUCCUCGCGUUUGUAGCGCUGUGCGUAUUCGCGUGCCACGGUGCACGUUUGAAAAUUGUCAACGGUCAACUGGCUGAUAUCAAGGAUUUCCCAUACAUGGUUUCGCUACAAUAUAACGGGACUUUCUUCGGCCAUGACUACGAUCAUUUCUGUUGUGGUAGUAUUAUCAGCAAUGAAUGGAUCAUAACUUCUGCUCAAUGUGCCAAUGCGUUUGAUACCGAAAAGUUUCAUGUGAGAGCCGGCUCAUCCAAAUACUACGAGGAUGGAGUAGUAUACAAGGUAGCCAAAACAUUUCUACAUCCCAAGUUUAAUCAGCUUAGCUAUGAUUAUGAUGUCGGCUUGCUUAAGGUGAGUUCAACUGUUAAACUUGCUCUACAUUUACAAAUCACAAGUAUUUGGUUACUUGGGCCGAUAUCCGACCUUCUUCAUGGAAGUCAAAUUGAAAAGAUAAGUCGUGAGAGAUGCAAGUAUGCCUAUGGAUCUAACAGACUCACUGAUAAUAUGUUUUGCGCGUUCACUGAAGGAUUUGGACCAUGUGUAGGUGAUUCUGGGUCUGGGGCCAUUCUGGAUGAUCAGAUAAUAGGUGUGACGUCGUGGACUUACGGCUGCGCAUACGAAAAUCCAACAGUAUACGCGAAGGUAAGUUCAGCGCUCGAGUGGAUAAUCGGAACGAUGAGUCAUGAUAAUGAAGAAUCUUACCAAAUGGUUUUCUAA